UGAAUGUGAUCUGUAUCUGAAGCUCAGCUGGAUGAAGGUCAUGUCAUGAGUUCCGUGCUGUUUCACAGAUGGAUGGACACAAGAUGGAAGCUAGCCUUUAUCGAUAUGUCUCUUUAUAAACAUUACAUUUACUACAGCACAGAAUCUGAGCUUCAUUAACUAAAGGCACGAGUUCACUGGAUCGACUUAUUUCACUUCAGACAAACUUACAUUAGACGCUGCUGCCUGACGAGAGGGACAUGUGCUCAACAUCACGAAUAGAAUCAGAUUAGCGCAGUAUUAUGGCUGGACAUGGAUACUGGAAGUAUAACAUCUGGAUUUGUAUAUUGACGAACUGGUUUAUAUUAUGUUCAGCCAAAUCACUGGACACCAUCAUCUGGAGCUCUCAAAACACAAAAUUCCAGGAGGGCAAAGGCCUGGUGAUCUAUCCUGAUAUUGGGGACAGGUUGGAUAUUAUCUGUCCUAAAGCAGACAACCAGCUGUAUGAGUAUUAUAAGCUGUACUUGGUAAGGAAAGAGCAAGCUGAAGAAUGCAGUACGGUCCUGGACCCUAAUGUACUGGUCAACUGCAACAAACCAGAGAAGAACAUCAAGUUCACCAUUAAAUUCCAAGAGUUCAGCCCGAACUAUAUGGGACUGGAGUUUGAAAGUAACAUCGACUACUACAUCACCUCUACAUCAAAUAGCUCUUUAGAAGGCUUGGAGAAUCGUGAAGGAGGCGUCUGCAAAACUCACUCAAUGAAAGUCAUUCUGAAGGUUGGACAGAAUCCAAACGCAACUGCACCAGACCCAGAACAGACUGAACCUCAAAUGAUCGAAUCAAGCUUUAAUGUUUCCAUUGACACAGACUCAGACAGACCCGUGAGAGCCGGGAGCACAGAAAUUAUCAAUCAAAAUCCCAGCGACACGGAUGAUGGCAUUCUGGGCUCCAAGAUCACUCUUUUCUCUGCCAUUGGUGCGGGAUGUUUCGUAUUCCUUCUCCUUCUGAUUUUCCUUAUCGUUCUGCUCAUCAAAACUCGGAAGCGCUCAAGGAAGCCCACACAACCCCGUUUGGCACCAUUGACCCUCACCAGCCCCAAGAUGAUGGGCCACGUCACCUCAGAACCCAUUGACACGAUCAUCUCUCUGAGGACAGAAAACACUUACUGCCAACACUAUGAACAAGUGAGCGGAGAUUAUGGUCAUCCAGUCUAUUUCUUACAGGACAUGUCACCACAGAGUCCAACCAACAUCUACUACAAGGUGUAGCGUUUCAUGGGAUGUCUUUACUUUCUUUGGGGGAGGUUUUUAUAAGCCAUAAAGUUACGUUUGUACAGUAACUUUUGCGUAAAACACACGCUUAAGUGUGCGUUCACAAGAAAUAAUAAACCAUUUCUGUUUUCUUUGUUUAGUUAGUAUUGUAUAAAAUAAGUGCACAUUUCAUAGCAGCAGUUUAGCAGUUAGCCAUCUCAUUUUAUCAUCAUUAAAUUUGUAUCAUCUAUAAAUCAGUAUUAUAUUAGACAUCAGCCCACCAGUGCUCUAUACAGUGUUGGGUAAGUUACUCUGAAAAAGUAAUGAAUUACUAGUUACUAAUUACAUAUUCAGUAGAGUAAUUAGAUGACUGUACAAAUUACUCUCUCCAAAAACGUACUUCUUACUUUCUAUGUCUUAUAUCAACCUUGAUUCAAUGUGAUUCUAUUGAUUCAAGGAUGAACAUGAAACGGCUUUUUAAUUCAUUCAAAUAAAUAAAAUAAAACUACAUAAAGUGGUAUUAUUAAAUAACCAAAGGAUUACAAAUGUGAGAAAGAUAAAUUGAUGAAUGACUUUGAAUUUUAAUGUAUAUUCCAGUGUUGUACUUAUUCUUAGAUACAUCAGAAGUAACUGUAGUUAAAUUAAAGAAAAAUAAGAGUAAUCCCUUACUUUACUUUUUCAAGAAAAAGUAAUUAAAUAACAGUGACUAGUUAUUACACCCAACACUGCUUCUGUAUCACCACGGCAUAUUGUAUAACAAUUUAUUUUCCAUGGUAUUUAUAAUCCAAAGAGGCUCAAGCCAAAUCAUAAAAUAUGUAUAACUAAAUAGUUAAGAAUGCAAGAGCCCUUGUUCUUCAAAUGAUUUUUUUAUUGCUGAUGUUACAAACAGUGAUGUGGAAAAUAUUCUUUUUAAACUGCAUGUGCAUUUGAUUACUUUUUAAUAGUGAGCAAAACAUUAGAAUGCACUUCAAAUGUGCACAGAGUGCAUGCUGGAAAAUUAUUUGACUGCUGUUCACUGGAAAAAAAAUCAUCUUUUAUCGUUUCGGGUCAGGCUAUCCUAUGCUGUCUGGCAUUCUUGUACAUCUUUUGUUGAACUUAAAGUUAGGUUAUCGUAGCAUUUACAGGUUUUAUGACUUUAUAAUAUUUUCUCAAAAUGUUAGAGGAAGCCUCUGUCACCCUGUAUGCCUCCUGUAUAUUAUAUUAUUGUGUCUUGUUUAUAUCGUGUAGAUUACAACAAUAUUAGAUCAAACAGGGCUUCGGCACAUCAUUUCACCACACAGGAAAUCAGAUUGAUAUCACAUUCAGGAAAUGUUAAGUGUUGAGAUCUCACAGGUGGAUAUGGUGGGUAAUGGGAAUGACUUAACAAAUGCAUUUGUAGUUGCUCUGUUGUUGUGCAUACACUAAUAAUGUAAUAACUUUCAUAUUUGAUACCCAUUUAUCACUUAAUCUACCACUGCAUUUUCUGAACAUUUUCGUACACUAGCGCCAGAAAAGCUUUCUGUCCCUUACACUUACUCUGUGUCGUUUUUUCCACAUUAAGCUCAAGGUUGAUAACUUUCUGUAAUAUAUCACCCUGUUUUUAUAUUUGCUGCUGUUGAGAGCCCUCUGUUACUUCUCUAUUGAAAACACAGCAUUUCUGUGAGGCCCAACAUUUAUUUAAGACUUAAUAACAUCCUUAACACGCAUCAAAUGAACUGAAGUAACUUGU